UCCUCCCUGGCCGGGCCCCCCGGGCGUUAGAGCCGCCUCGCACACACUCUCAGUCCGGCCCCGGGGAGAGGAAUGCGCUGGGAUGCCGAGCACCGCCGACUCUGUAGGACAGCUACGAAGCCACAACUAGCACCGUUAUGGACGGCAACGAUCCGUAUGUACACUUAAACUCUACAGGGCCGAUGACCACGGCCCACCCUCACCCACACUCGCAUCUCCCACCCAUGGGCGGCAUGGUGGGCCACCCAUCCGUCAUCAGCACCUCCAGGCACCUGCCUUCGCCUAUGUCCAACUUGAACUCCCCAAUGAAUGGCCUGACCUCGCCGUACUCCGUCAUCACCUCAUCCUUGGGUUCACCCUCCGUAUCGCUGCCGUCCACGCCCAACCUGAACUUUGGACCGCUCGGCAGUCCGCAGAUGAGUUCGAUGAACAGCGUCAGCAGCUCAGAGGACAUCAAGCCUCCGCCAGGCCUGCAGAACCUGGGGAGCAUCAACUACCAGUGCACCAGCCCGGGUGGGAUGUCCAAGCACAUCUGCGCAAUUUGUGGGGACCGCUCCUCGGGUAAACACUAUGGCGUCUACAGCUGUGAAGGAUGCAAAGGCUUCUUCAAGAGGACUGUCCGCAAAGAUCUCACCUACACCUGUCGUGAUAGCAAAGAGUGCCUGAUAGACAAGCGCCAGCGCAACCGCUGCCAGUACUGUCGCUACCAAAAGUGCCUGGCCAUGGGCAUGAAGAGAGAAGCGGUGCAGGAAGAAAGGCAGCGGGGCAAAGAACGGGGGGAGAAUGAGGUGGAGUCCACCGGAACUUUCAGCGAGGACAUGCCUGUGGACAAAAUCCUGGAUGCCGAGCUGGCCGUGGAGCCCAAAACUGAGACGUACACCGAUGGCAGCACCGGCAACUCGACCAAUGACCCUGUCACCAACAUCUGCCAAGCAGCCGAUAAGCAGCUCUUUACUUUAGUGGAGUGGGCCAAGAGGAUCCCACACUUCUCUGAACUCCCCCUUGACGACCAGGUCAUCUUAUUACGAGCAGGCUGGAACGAGCUGCUCAUCGCGUCUUUCUCCCAUCGCUCAGUCACGGUGAAAGAUGGCAUCCUGUUGGCCACAGGCCUGCACGUACACAGGAGCAGCGCCCACAGUGCUGGAGUGGGCUCCAUCUUUGACAGAGUCCUGACAGAGCUGGUGUCCAAAAUGAAAGACAUGCAGAUGGAUAAAACGGAGCUGGGCUGCUUGCGAGCCAUUGUCCUCUUUAACCCAGAUGCAAAAGGUCUGUCAAACCCAAUGGAGGUGGAGGGACUGAGGGAAAAGGUCUACGCCUCAUUGGAGUCCUACACCAAACAUAAAUAUCCAGACCAGCCGGGCAGGUUUGCCAAACUGCUGCUCCGCCUACCCGCCCUACGCUCCAUUGGCCUCAAGUGUUUGGAGCACCUGUUCUUCUUCAAGCUCAUCGGCGACACGCCCAUCGACACGUUCCUCAUGGAGAUGCUGGAGGCGCCACAUCAGAUCACAUGACCCCUGCCCUCUUCCCCCCCUCCAUUACUUGUAAAUACCCCCUACCCCCAACCCACUUUGUCAGCAAUGUGAAGAUGGAUUGAGGGGAAAACAAGACUCUGAAAUUGUAAAGUUGAAGAUUUUAUAACAAGUCCCAAAAAAACAUUGUAAUUAUAUCUGAAAUUAUUUGGAGGUUGUGGUGAGGACUGAGUACACAACCGUCACAGUAAAUUUGAAUAGCGUUCAUAUGUAAAUAGAUCAUUUCUCGCAACAUUUGGGAAGGAAUCAGAUUUUAUUCAUAGAGUAAUUGUAUAAAAUAAAAUAAAAUAAAAUACAAAACCUA